AGCCGAGAGCAAUGUUCUGGUUGAUAAAUCGCUUUUGAUUAAAGCAGUUUUGGAAAGUCCAGCCCAAGUGUUACUUAUUACUCGUCCUCGCCGCUGGGGCAAAAGUUUGAACCUGAACAUGCUAAAAACCUUUUUUGAGGUGACAGUUGAUAAAAGCGGUAAUCCCUUAACUCGCGAACAAAGUUUAAAAUAUAAAAUCUUUGCGGGUGGCUUAGUAGACGGAGUUAUUCGCAAAGCCUAUAAAGACCACCCUUACUUAGCCAAAAGCCAGCAGUUGGAUCCAGUUGAUAAACAACUAUUUAAUGAUUAUCUCCGUUACGAAGAACUAAGUUCGGACCAAAUAAAAAAUG